UCAGUUUCAUUCCGUACUGCGAUCGUGCCGGUUGUGCUUUUUGCAUGCUGUCGCUAGCGGAGGUUGAACCUUUUUUUUAUUCAUUUGGGUACGAAAACAAAUCCGCGAUCGCAAAUCUCUGCAAGCGUGCUUGCACGAGGACCGCGACGAAACGAAUCGCGACUUUCGUUCUAACCUGUGCCGUAUCCGGUCUCGGUCCCAAAUGCAAUAGGAUCGCCAUGCCGUGGCGUGACCAACCGGAGCCAGAAGUGCGCGCGCUCGCGCAUAGGAGCUAAACUCUCUCGCGUGUGAUAAAUCUUGCGAACUGCGCACAUUUCGCGCUUCGAUGCAUUUGUAGCGAAACGCUGCAUCUUAAGCAGUUCGCGGUAGAGAAGAUCGAACGGGUUGAAACGGACGGCAGGAACCGCGAUCGUCGCCGGAUUGUUUGUGUUUUUUUUUCAGCAUCGAGUGUCUGCUUGGGUUGCGGAAUUCGCUUUUUCACCGGCUGCUGCUGCUGUUUUCGGGUUUUUUGUUUUGGGAAGCCUUUCCUAAACAUAGCAGAACGUGGGGAUAGCGGGCUUGAACCAAGUGAGUGGGGUUUUGCAGAUCGUGCAUAAUUUCCCGCUAUGUGUUUUGGCUUUGUCCGCGCCGUCAUUCCAUGCGUGUGAGAAGAGGCGUGGGAAGCGUGUUGAAGGACCUUGAUAUCUUACUCGAAAUAGGGGAACUUUGAAAAGAUGUAGACUUAAUGGUGAUAUUGUGUAUCAAGAAAAAACGAAUGAUUGUCUAAAAAAUGAGUUCACAUUUUUUCAAAAUAAUUAUUGUGAUUCCUAAAGGAAAAUAAUUCAAUAAGUGGAUUUUAAACUGAUGAGUUUUGAUUGCUAAGAACUCAUUGAAAGUGAAAGAAGAGAAAUAAAUGUUGGUGACUUUGGUUCUAAAAUGUGACUCAAUGUGACUACAGUGAACAAAUUUUGGGUCUUGCAGCAACGUAGAGAGAUCUUGGAAACAAACGUAUUAUUCGCUAUCUUCCAGUGUCCGGAUAAUUCCCGUGCCAGCUACAGGCAAUUGCACAUGGAUUUCUGACACUGUUGCAUUCUCAUAACUGACAUCCCGCAUGCUCUUCCUCGGAUAAUGGAACAUUUUGCGGUUACCAACUGCCCACGGAACGCCACCACAUCGAACAAUCCCUUCUAUUUUCAGUUGUUGGUAGCAAACGUAGCCGCAGCCGGUGUGAGGCGAUAAAGUUUCAACCAGAAAAAAAAACCGCAACGGACACUCAUUAAAAACAAAUAAAAUGAUAAGUGCGCACAAAGUGAGCUAAGAGGGAAAACAACGUCUGCAUACACAAUUUAUGCGACAGCCGGUCAGGGGAAAAAAAGCGAAAACGAAAAUCGUGACAACCACCGAAGGAAAGCAACCAGCAAGGAGAAAUGAUUCCCUGGUGGAGCAGCAGCGCCCGGCACGACAUUGGGAUCCAGUGAAGCAGUCCCAUCUUGGCACCACCCACCAUCCAGAUGCAACCGUUGGACCGCGUUGAAACAUAACGAAAAAUGACAAAUCUAAACAAACUCAAGGUGGUCGUCAUUGGCAGUUCCAAAGUGGGAAAAUCAGCCGUCACCGUGCGAUACCUGACGAAACGAUAUAUUGGAGAGUACAGCUCUUCGAGAGAUUUCGUCUACCGGCACAGCGUUAUCUAUGACAAUGUCACAACCGAAGUGGAAAUUUUGGACACAUCCAAAUGCGACAAACGGGGCUGCCUGUACGAGCAUCUCCGAUGGGGUGACGCAUUCGUCGUGGUGUAUUCCAUCUGUGAUAAGGCUAGCUUCGAGGAGGCUGCCGACUAUUUGCAGCAGUUGACAAAGCUCAAGCUGCCCUCCUACUACACGAUCUUGCUGCUCGGGAACAAAAGUGAUCUUGAUCAUGCAAGGGAAAUCUCCGUCAACGACGGCCAGGAGCUGUCCUUCCGCUACUCGUGCCAAUUCUACGAAGUUUCGGCGGCGGAAAACUUUGCCGGCGUUUCGCUGGCCUUCCAGUCGCUCAUCCGAGAGGCCCGCUCGACGCAGCUGUUCCGGGCCCUGCCACUGCGGCGAAAGCUCGGCGUCAACAGUGUCUCGAAAGCUCUCGGGAAUAUUUUCGGCAAAAACAGCAGCAAAGGCGAACGGAAGAAGAGGCCUUCGCUCAGUAUAUGACGUCCAACGAAGAUGGUAGACCACGAUUCUGGGCGUGUGGUGUAAAUAGAGCUAAGUUGGAGCGAUUGUACAACGAUUAGAUUAUAGGAUGUAAAAUGUAGAUAACGAUUUAUUAGUUAUAAGUUAAUAUACUCAUUACUCAAUCCACAACCAUUCCUUAGUUGUAAAGUGUCAUUUUUGCGGACAAGUAAAUGUACAUAAUAGAUCUUUCUGCAACAUUUUGAGACAUUAAAUGUAGUUUUAUAUUGUAAAAUGCAAGAAAUCACUUAUCGCAAAUAUUUUAAGAGAUUUCCUAAGUAGUUUAAAAACAACAAUAUUGAAUUGAUUUCAUUACGUGGACACACGACGUUCCUAUAUCUGUUAGCUUGUAAGUGCGCGCACUUUUUUAUUUGAUGCGAUAUUUGAACCUGAAUAAAUCAAAGCAGUUUGGAUUAUUAUUUUCGGAUACAGAA